GACGUCCCGAAUCAACACUGGCGAUAAACAUUCCAUCAGAGAGAGCAUUUUGUCUUCUUUUUUUUCUGCUCUAUUUUCACUCUGUUCUCCGUCUCCCAUUUCUCUCCUCCAAACCCUAACUCGUUCAUACGCAAUAAUUUCUUUAUCCCUCGUUUCAAUCGGCCAUCGAUUUUGUUAGGGUUCGUUUCUUCUUCUUAUUAUGAUCGCAUAACAACCCAUUAUUCCUCCAAUUUUGUUAUUUAGGUUUUAGUUUUUCACAUGGCAGACGCUUCUAAUGAUCGCAUCACUAUUAAUCUCGGUCGUGCUGGUCAGGUGGUGAAGAGAGCUGCAACGGGUAUUGGAUAUAGUGAUUCUAUUAUGCAAAUGCAAGGUGCUGGGAGUAAACGUUCUGUCAGAGAUAGAUUGGGUUCUAAUUUCGACGGCUACUCGUCCCAUGCCGGAAACCAACUUAACAACAAAAGGCAAAGAGGAGAUAGUUGGCUGACAAGCUCUAAUGGUUUUGAAGAUAUUUGCAUUGGUAAAGAUGACCUUAGAUUGAAACUCAUGCGAAAGACUACAUCUAGGACAGCUCCAAGCAAUUAUGAACAGAAAACAAUGGACCUACGUGAAAGGUUGUCUAGGACAGUGCAGCCUGCAGGCCCUCCACUUAGGACAGUUAAUACACGGCAGAAUAUGCUUGCUCCUGCCCCGAAGGAGUCUAGUAUUUUGGGUCAAAUUCCUUCUACAAGAAGAGCAGAUAAUUUGCCACAGAUGGAUGUGUCGAGAAAUUCUUAUUCCCCUUGGACUUUGGAUCAUAUUAGAAGGAGAUCCCCGGAUAGAAUUUUAGGUAGCUCUAGAGGUUUAUCCCCUUCUAGAAAUGCAGAAGACAUACAAAGAAGGCCAUUAACCAGGACGUUUGAUGAUGCAAGGACAGUUUCAUACAUUUCCAAGGAUAAUGCAUUCGAUAGUAGAAGGCCUGUGAGUAGUGCCAGAGCUUUCAUGUCAAAACCCAUGUUGCCUACAGUAGCCACAAAACCUGCACCUCCUCCUGUUAUGAGUCAACGUCCUCCUGCAAGUGGCAUUAUUCAGAAAAGCUCCUAUAUGGUUGAGGAACAACAAACUGUUGAAGGCUUGUUGCAUUCUUUGGGAUUGGGGAAAUAUGCCAUUCUUUUUAAGGCAGAGGAAGUGGAUAUGGCUGCAUUGAAGCAGAUGGGUGAAGGCGAUCUCAAAGAAUUGGGAAUACCUAUGGGACCCAGAAAAAAGAUUCUUCUUGCUCUCAUACCUCGUUCCAAAAGACAAUCUUGACAUGUGUACUUGAAGUUUGCUGGGAUUAUAAUUUGACUCAAGUUCUAUGAUGGAUGGAUCAUACAGUAUCUUUGGACGGACCAACUUCCAUACAUUUCUUCCGAAUGAAGAAUUUCGCAUUCCAUGAUUGAGAAUUACUUUUUUCCGAAGUGCGGUGGCAACGGUUAAAUUCUUUUGCAUCCAACAGUUAGCUCUAUGGCGUUAAUAUUUUGAUAGUGCGGCUAAUUUUUGACAUGUAGAAUGUUGACUAAUGCUAGUAGCUUACUUGUCCUGUAUUUUUUCUCUAUGAUUAUGUGUAUUAAAGAUAUUUUCAGAGAAUUCACUCAUGUUGGCAUGUAGCUUCUGUAAAGAGUUAUUAUCUCUUGUACUGUCCAAAUGCGUUUCGUACAUGCGCUUGAUUUUUAGUAA